CAACAAUUCAUAACCAUGUCUACCCCAAAUGACCCAUUCAAAAUCAUUAUUGUGGGAGGGGGGAUAGCAGGUUUGACACUCGCCAAUAUGCUGGAAAAGUUUGAGGUUGACUACAUCUUGCUGGAAGCUCGUGACAACAUCGCACCGGCAGUGGGCGCGAGCAUCGGCCUGUUUCCUAACGGGCUGCUCAUUCUCGACCAGAUAGGAUGCUACGAGCCAGUCCGAGCAGUCGCUCAGGGCGACAGUGUCAAGUACGCGCACAUGCGCCGUCCAGACGGCAGUUCCGUGUCCUGCACCGAGGAUCUCUUUGCGCACCUGAAGAAGAGACACGGUUACGAGAUGCUGUUUUUUGACAGACAGUGGCUUCUUCAAAUCCUUUUUGAUCAGCUGCGGCAUAAGGAGCGGAUUGUGCUCAACAGCCGUGUAGAGGCUAUCGAACAAUCUGGCCGUGAGAUCAGCGUGACAACCAAGGCAGGAAAGAAACACACCGGUAGCAUUGUGGUAGGCGCCGACGGAGUUCACAGCACGGUGCGUCACGAGAUGAGACGGCUCGCCAGUCUAUCAAACAACCCAACGUCCUUUCCGUCUGAGGAUGAAGAGCAAACAGUCCCAUGUCACUACCAGUGCAGCUUUGGAAUCGCCAAACAUGUCGAAAACUGGCCAGGAAAAAACCAGUCAUUCACGUCUGGGGAGGGAUACUCGUUUCUGGUGGCAUCGGGGCCCGACAACAGAGUGUAUUGGUUCAUGUUCAAGCGUCUACCUGAAGUGAAAUACGGCAAGGAUAUUCUAAGAUACACGAAACAGGACGAGGAGGAUUUCGUCCAGCAGCACGCCCACAUCCGGAUCACAGAGGAUUUGACGUUUGGACGGAUUUUUGAAAACAGGAUCUCGUCGACUUUGACACCACUUCACGAGAUAGUAUUUAAGAAGUGGUUUUGGGAAAGAAUGAUUUUGAUGGGAGACAGCGUACACAAGCCAAACCCCAUUGGUGGCAUGGGUGGAAACGGCGCCAUCGAAACGGCAGCCGAGUUUGUCAACUCUCUGCUCAGAGCAAGAGACAGCCGUCCGAAUGGACUGUGCGGCUUGACAACAGCAGAGAUCGAGGCCAUCUCCAAGCACACACAGGACGCGCGGUACGAAAGAGCGAAAUACAUUGUCAAGCUCAGCCAUGAUACCCAAGCUCUAUUCGCGUCGGAAAAGCCACUGCUCACAAAAAUCGUUCUUAAUCUUGUUGUUCCCCUGAGCGGGCUUGAACACCACCUUGGCCAGAUGGGAUCCAGGCUGCUUGCCAGCGCAAAGCUAGAUUUUCUGCCAGUGCCCACAAGACUCAGGGCCGUGCCAUAUGACCACGAGUUACCAGCAAAACCAAUCCGAGGAUGGCCGCUCGCAAUGACCAAGGCGGUGUUCUGUGUUGGAAUGGGGUUGGGAUUGGGGUACCCCUUUCAACCUUUGUCAGUGCUGAAUUCUCAGUUGCAACGGGCUUAUUCGCUGUCACAAACAAUCUCGCCGCUCCUGACGUACACUCUCGAGGGCCAUCGAGCUGGCAACAAGGGCACGCUCCUCUCAUUGCCCAGCCUAUUUGUGGCUGGCAUACAGACUAGGCGGGUGGGAAUGGCAACGAUUGCUCCUCUACAUGGGAUCAUAGCCGCACUUCAGUCGUUCAAGGCUCCCCCAGGUCGGUGGGUCGGCGUGUAUGUUGCGAGAGCACUGAUGCCUGCACUUUCUCUGGGAUAUGUUAUUCCAACGCUCUUUGGACUGAGCCCAACCUGGGGAGCAUCCCAAGGUGUUGUUUCCAGUGGCUUCGCAAUAGGGGCGCCCUUGCUUGUUCCAGUUUUGACCACCGCGCUUUCCAGAUGGUGGGAAAGCAGGAGCACAGCGUAUGCAGAAGACUUUGAGAGGUACAAGAAAGACGAUGUUUCGGCAUUGAAAAAGGUGUAUAAACUGGCAGUCGUAUCCCAGGCUGCUGCCCACAUCAUGUUUGUAGCUCAUGCCUACUUCCGCUUGAAGACCACACCACUUCAACUGAUCAGUCUGCCCUUUUCACUGAGUGGGGCAGUGGGAUUCUUGGGAGAGACUUUGUAUUCAAUCCUUGAUCUUAGGUUCUUGGGGUAUGUGACGGGUUGGCAGGUUGCCAAUGUCUCGCUGACUUCUAUCCUCAGCCAGGUGGUGCUGGGCCCUGGGGCUUCUAUGGCGGGAGUUUGGUGGUGGAGGGAGCAGGUCAUUGCGGGCUACUUGAAGGGGAACUAG